AUGAGGUACUGGCGAGCCUUUGCGGCUGCUCUGAGUCAGCAGCUGCAAUCGGCAUCUAGGCACGGCUGGCGGCGGUUCUUAGGCCAUGCUCUGCGGCACCACCGGUGCCGUGGCAAGCAGCUGGAGGCGUGCGAAGAAAUCAUCGGCUUCUGCCCUCUGGGUCUUGUAUCUGCACACCUCAUGCUGUUGUUGAGUGCGCCGCGAGCGUAUAGCCUGGAUGCAAGGCUCUUCCUGCCAUCUGCACCGGCUCAUCCGUUGGAGCAACUGGGUGUGGGAGUGGGCUACUUUCUGUGGAACCCCGUCGGCUACAAGCUUCGGGACCUGGUCUACAGCGGCUGGCCCAUCUUCGCGCUGCUCCGUGAGCUGCGGUUGAAGCUUCCCAGGCUGGGCGGAUCCCCUGAAGCCAUUUUCGCCCCUCACCCGAGCUUUCUCCGGUUCGAAGAGCUGCUCGAUCGAUUGCCCAACUUCGCGGGCAAGGACAAGAGCCAGGCUCCUACUUCAGCAGCUCUGCACCGGGAUGGGGCAGGGGUGGCGGUUCAGGGAAGCACGGUCGUAGGUGAUCAUGUGGCAGAGUAG